GCGAUCCCCUCAUCUCGUCAGCUCAAUGGCGAUGCGAGUGUGGCGUACCUGCGGCGUACAAACUGCUUGCAGCACGGUGCAUUAUGGAUGUCCUCAAUCCCAUCGGCGCCCAUGAGCACCGCGGCCUUUUUUCGUCCUGCAGCAUCAUUCAGCCUCAGCACCGGCAGCAUGAUGCCACGACGCGCAACCUCGACGGCAACCAGGAUCGGGACACCACUACGUCUUCCUUCCACACCCUCCUCCCCUGCCGGGCUGGUGGAGGCCAUGAAGCCGUGCGGAACCCUGCCCUGGUCCCAGAUUCAAUGCAGCCCCGUCUCUCUCGUGCACCGGUUUCCUCCCCGCUCUCCGCCAAGGUGCCCGGCGCACCAACAAAUGUCGCCGCUGACCCUCCUGCUCGGCGCACUACGGCCGUCUUGAGCCAGGCACAAGGAUCACGGCACUCCUGGGAAGCACCAUCGACUCGCCCGGCUGCCGCAACCACGCCGCAACUUCCUUGUCGCCGUAGGGCCUGGCAGCCGCUCAUUCGACGGCCCCGACGCGUCCAGACAAGCGUAGCCCCAACUUUCUUUCUUUCUUGUGUCGAUAGAUUACGUGCGUCGCGACGCGUGCAAAAGAGCCUACCGGGAGCAAGAGGGAAAAGAGAUGACACAGGCAGGUUUCCCCCUCCCUCUCUCGCGUGCCAUGCUCAUAAUGCCCGGCUCCCCCACGGGCACGGCACAAGCGACUCCUUCCCGUAGACCGUGGGUGUUGUCAAUCUCUGAUGCAUUCCACCGCCGAGGGGAAGCGGACAAGGCAACCUCAAGGCUCGUGCCCAGCGCCAUGCUGCACGAACACACGAAUGCAGUCAGUUGCUGAACCCUGCGCCCUCCUCUUUGCCCUGAAGCGCACCCUCGUUUGAAACACUCCUCCCAACCCUCCCCCACAAGUUGAUCCAGACAAGGACCCAUCCUCACAAGCCCCCCUUCCCCCAAACUCCCCGACGACCAGACCAGCCUCGAGGACACAAACAAGACAGAGGCAGCCUUUCUCUCUGUCUGUCUCUCUGGCUGUGUGUGUGUGUGUGUGCUUGUGCGUGUCAGUGAGUGCGAGAGAGGUGCCUUGGUACGUACUAAAGCGCACCACCUCGCAAACUCCCGGCGUGCCCAAGCGUCCGUCCUUCGCAACCCGUCCGGCCUCUCAACGCCAUACUCACCUCUCGUCGCUCGCUUUCUCGUUGCGCUCGCUCGCCUUCUGUCGUUACGUUAUUACCACUUCUUGCCUCGUGAUCGAGCCCACACCGCCCGCCCAAUAUCCGCGGAGCUCACCGUCAGUCCCGCCAUCGCCAGCCGCAACGAAAACAAUAAACAACGGCCCCCACUUGGGCAACAGCCAAAUCCACAACUUAGGAAAUAACAAUUGACUCAUAUACUUACUCGAUCGGUUGUUGUCAGUAUUGCGGAAAAACCCUUCUACACAGUCGUUCGGAUCCUCCUGCAAGGUCCCCGUCAUCGUUUCUCGCAGCCAUCUCACCGUUGCACCAUUUACUGCUGGUUGCACUCGACGGUUUUGGCCUUCGGCGCAUAGCCUCGUCGCAUAGCUUUGUCUGCCGACAGGCCUUUGGCCCAGCCAUGGCUCGCAACAACAGUCUUUUCAUCUUGAGCGGCACCUUGGCGGUGCUGCUUACCAUCAUUGGCGUUGGUCUCCAAAUCGCCGUUAGCGUUCGCCUCGACCACGAACAGAGGCCCAUACCAAAGAGAGCGGCAGCGGUAGCCGCCACGUUCGAAUUCGUCGUUCUGGCUGUACUUGUAUGGUUAGGGGUAUCUCGACUCUUCUGGCCGAACAAGACUCUUUCCGGUCGACGUCUCAUCAUUGCCCUCGCCAGCCAAGUUGGCUCCUGUACCCUAGGCGCCGCCGCAUCAGCCGCGUCUCUGGCUUCCCUUAGCAACUCGGCUGCUGGGGAUGCCGCCAAUGCAGAACUUGCAGCAUGGGAGAGCAGCAUGUUGGCUGGCUCCGGUGUGAUCCUGGCACUUGCAAUCAUCUCUCAGUUGUCGUUCCUGGUCGUGCAUUUCGUCUCGUCUAGAGGACCCCUGUCCGGGAGCUCGUCGGAUGCAGACGCAGAAAGCCACAGGAACCCCAACACCAGGGUCAAAGGCAUUCGGUAUAGCCAAACUAGUCCAACCGGCACCAAGCAGGCGCCGGACGAGGUUUACGUUGAGCGCAAAAGCUCAUCACCAUCCACGGCGACUAAGUCGACGAGAGGUACCAUUCGGUCAACCGUCUCUCAUGCCAUCCGCCCCAGCUCGUCGACCAAGAGGCUGCUGUCUUUGAGAGAGAAGAGCCGCCUGGCAUCACCGGAGUCGGCCCCCCGUAGGCGCAGCGCCGACAACUCCUUCGACUCCUGGGACACGUCCUCGGUGGACACACACAAUCGCCAAGUCGUGUUGGAGAUGUCGUCUCCAACGAUCAAGGCGCCUGGCGGCCUUGAGACGAUCCCUGCUAGUCCGACGGCGGCCUACAUGCUGGACGGCCAGGAGGCACCUUUGGAGCCGCCCCCGACUCUGCGCCGAAGCAGAAGCUACAGCGCCUCAACUCUUUCGCAGAUGGAAGAAGCACGCAACAGUGACUCGAGCGAAUUGCACAUCCACCCACUUUUCCGGUCCGACUCGCCCACGCCCCCGCCCCUGGCCAUGCCUGGGACCUCAGUCGUGGCGGCACCUCAGGCAGGGCAGGUGAUUACUCGGAGAGAGAGCAGGCAGUCGCUGAAGCGCAUGCGCAGCAGCAGCCUGCAGACGGGCCGCAGCCCGUUGAGUCGCCAGACAAGCCUCGAGAACGCCAGGUUGGGGAGACAAAGCGCAUUGCCCGAGGAAGUCGAAGCGGCCAACCCUGGAAGAAAGAUGACGCCUCCAGUUCCGGAGUGGCUGUUGAACCCUGGCAUGCAAGCGAGCCUGCCGGUGACGGCCGGCGGCGGCGAGGCCGAAAGGUGACGCAAGGCGGAUGCGGCGAAAUUCAACAACAAAGGGGGAGGACUGUAUGACUGCGGAGCAUGACCAGCGACUGAUUUGUGAUGACGACGAUGCGUUACGAUUUAUUUUGUUAUGGAGACGGAAUAGGACGGAACAAAAGUAAGGGCUGGAGGAGGUGUGAGGCUCUUGUGUGCGCGCAGACGAGCGGAGAUGGGAUACUACUAACCUGGCUGUAUGUACAUGGGAGACGGGCAGCCUGGUCUGGCGCCGAUGUGCUGUAUAUCCGACCUGUACUUCGUAUAUGGAGAAGACAAGCAACGCCGCAAGGCGCUUUUCAUGAAUAUCGCACUCGACACGAUCGCUG